AUGGCCUCCCACAAGAAAGCUCGCACCAACCCACCGUAUGAGCUCCUCUACUGGCCCGGCAUGCCAGGACGCGGCGAGUUCAUUCGUCUCGCCUUCGAGGCCGCAGGAGUAUCUUACCAAGACACCGCCAACGAGUCUGAAGACGGGAUCAAAGCAGUAACGUCUCUCAUCGACGCCUCCUCCACCGGCACCGACGGCAACCCACCGCCCUUUGCGCCACCCGCGCUGCGCAUCCCCGGCGAAGGACCAGACGGCAAGCCGCUGCUGAUCUACCAAACCCCCUCGAUUCUCUCCUACCUUGGCGACAGGCUCGACCUCGCUGGCGCCAACGAGGCAGAGAAGUCCUGGAUUCUCUCGCACACGCUCACUGCGCUUGACCUCAACAACGAGGCGCACGACACGCAUCACCCUAUCGCCGUCGGCAAAUACUACGAAGACCAGAAGGAGGAGAGCUUGAAAAAGGCGACGGACUUUAGGGAGGCGAGGAUCCCCAAGUUCCUGGGCUUCUUCGAGAGAGUGUUGAAGGGCAAUGAGGAGAAGGGACAGGGAAAGUAUCUGGUAGGUGGGAAGCUAAGUUAUGCCGAUACGACGCUGUGGCACGUGUUGGACGGGUUGCUGUUUGCGUUUCCCAAAGAGAUGAAGGCCAGGAAGGGCGAGUUUGAGCUGCUGUUUGGGACCUUUUAUGCCAGUGUCAAGGAGGCGAGUGGGGUCAAGGAAUACUUAGCAAGCGACCGGAGGAAGCCGUUCAGCAUGUGCGUGUUUAGACAUUAUCCUGAACUUGACCGUCAAUAG